AUGAACUACGAAACCAAGCUCUGCAUAAAGGUGGCUGCGUUCCUCUUGCCGUUCGUGGUGGCCAUCGUGCGAUUGAUCGCCAUACUUCCUGCGCUCCACAGUCCCGAAAUCACCGCACAAGGUCAGAGUUUCCACGAGGUACCCUUGAUCGCCAAAAACACCAAUGUGAUGAUCUUCUUGGGCUCUGGUGGCCACACGGGAGAGAUGAUGCGCAUCUUGUCACAGGUGGACCUCAGUGAGGUGUCCAGAACGUGGGUGACGUCGUCCAACGACUCUGCUUCGAUGGUCAAAGCACGCGACUUCGAAGAACACCUCAGCUCAAGCCAGCCAGCCAAUUUCUUGACCCUCCACAGAGCUCGGGCCGUCCAGGAGCCGCUCCUCCUGUCGAUCCAGAACACCGUCAGGUCAUUUAUCUCCACAUACAAGGGCAUGCGAGAGCUCCCUCAGUUACCGUCCGUGUUGCUCCUCAAUGGUCCGGGAACAAGCGUGCCUUUGGCCUACAUGCUCUUCGCCAUGAAAUACUUUGGCUUAUGCACCACCAGAGUCGUCUACAUCGAGAGUCUUGCCAGAGUCAACCUGCUCAGUUUGAGCGGCAAGUUGUUGCUUCCCAUCACUGACCGCUUCAUUGUGCAGUGGGAACAGCUUUACUACCAGUACAAGCGGGCCGAGUACUACGGCGUGUUGAUAUAG